GACUCACUCGGUGAUCUUGGGGUCGAGGUUGCCGAUCCAGAGGCGGUGCCCGUCCUGCAGCGCGCCCUCGGACAGGAUGGAGGCGUUCUCGAGGGGCAGCGCCUGGCGGCCCGGCUCCAUGGCCGCGGGGGUCGAUCCGGGCUCUGUCCGGGGUCGGUCCGAGGGCCGGGCCCGUCCCGCUCUCGCCGCCUCCGCGGGGCCGCGCAGGCCUCGCCCCGCCCUUGGCGCCGCUCUAUGACGUCACGCACGCGCGCGCGGAUGACGUCGGCCGGGACGCGCAGGGCCGCGCGACGGUGGGUCAGAGAGGAGCUGGGAUGAUGGCUCUGGCACUGAGGGGGCUCCGUCCUCUCCCGUCCCUGCUGCACCGUUCGUCCUUCCUGCUGACCAGGGGGCUGCCAGGGGCUCCCACGGGCCACCCUGCCCUGCUCCUGGAGGGCUGCAGGCAGUGUGGCCAUCAGGUGCUGCUGAGCAGACAGCUGGCUACCAAAAAGGCUAAAGGUAAGGGGCAGAGCCAAGCCAAAGUGAAUAUCAGUGCUGCCCUAGUUGAGGACAUUAUCAAUUUGGAGGAAACCAGUGAGGACAUGCAGGCAGUCAUAGAAGCUCUGAAAGAAGAUUUCAGCAGGAACAUCAGUGUUAGAACCUCACCAGGGGCCCUGGAUCACAUAACUGUGGUGACCAAAGAUGGGAAGUUUCCACUGAACCAGCUGGGGCAGAUCUCACAGAAAUCACCACAGCUCAUUAUAGUGAACAUGACCAGUUUUCCAGAGAGCACAGCUGCAGCUAUGAAGGCUAUAAGGGAGAGUGGCAUGAACCUGAACCCCGAGGUGGACGGGAUGAUGAUUCGGGUGCCAGUUCCUAAGGUCACCAGAGAGCACAGGGAGAACCUGGCCAAGCUGGCCAAGCAGGCCACCAACAAGUCCAAAGAGGCCCUGAGAAAGGUGCGAAGCAAAAGCAUCAGCCAGGUAAAGAAGUCCAAGAGCAAAGUGUCAGAAGAUACCAUCUAUCUGCUAGAAAAGCAGAUCCAGCAAAUGGCAGAUGAGGCUGUCGCUGAGAUGGACAAGCUGCUGGCAGCAAAGACCAAGGAGCUGCUUGGAUAAACACCAUCCCAAUGGACACACUGCCCCUGGAGCAGGAAUGGACUGUGCCCCAGCACUCAUCCCUGCCUGCAGGCAGCAGCCUCAGGGAUGAGCAGCUCUGUGCCUUGGCUGCUCCCAGUGCCCACCUGGGCAGUGCUGGGGAACGGGGGGAACUCUCCUCGCUGUUCAUCCAGGUGGGAACAGAAUUGGGUGAAAUGAGAAAUAAAACAUCCAGAAGGAGGACUGGAGGCUGCUGGAAGGGCUCCCAGGGAAGCUGAGGAGGAAGGACUGCCCUGCUCACCUCACACCCCAUUUCGUGUUCGUGCACCACCAGCCCAGCAGGAGCCAGGAACACGUGCAGGGGGAACCUGCUGCAAACCUCAGCAUUUAUUUUUUUCUUGAAAUAAAGUCAAAAUGAGAUGUGGAGGAGCAGCCUUGCAA